AUGCGGUCUAAGCAUCAGAUAUUCAUCACCGUCCCUAUCCCGAGCCGCGUGCCGCCGGAAAUCGUCCUCGCUCACAUCCAGACCUACACGCCUAUGCUGGCCAACAACAAUGUGAUCAUGAGCUUCAAAGAGACGACGCCCAACAUGGAGCUCCGUCAGAACCUUCUCGUCCAGCGAGAGACUCAUGCUGGCGCCCGGCCUGACGAGGGAUAG